AUGACUUCCAGCACCGCUUCGAGGCCAACAAACUUCCUGAAAAGGAUCUUGUGCUGCUUCGACGACGACGAAGACGAGCGACCACAACAGACGCCUCAGACACAGCAAGCUCCAAGGACACGAUGGGACGCUGCACCGCCCAUCGAUCCUGAGGAGGAGGAACCGGCAGCACCUCCACCGUAUGCCAUCUUCGACCCUCACCCGGAGGACUGCAACUGCGCGAUCCACAUACACAAGCCGAAGCCCAACCGACCGAUCAUCGUCGAAGCGUUCCAGUCGCAGGGCUGCAACUCGUGUCCGCCGACAAACACACUCCUCCUAUCGCUGCUGACGCUGGGUGACCCGAACAUCCUCGUCCUCGACUACCACGUCACGUACUGGGACCACCUGGGGUGGACGGACCCGUUUGGCACGGCCGGGGCGGACGAGCGCCAGCGGGAGUACGCGCAGGCAUACGGCACGUCGAGGGUGUACACGCCGCAGGUGGUGGUGAACGGCGUGUCCGAGGGCGCGGGCAAUUCGACCUCGAAGCUCGAGCGGCUGAUCAAACAAGGCGGCCGGCUCGCCAGCAAGGACUGGCCGUGGCUGCUGUUCUCCAAGGUCGACACCGGCGUCUUCAUCCGCGAGGCCAAUCCGGAAGCCGCCGCGACGGGCCGCAUCGGCACCGUCGUCGAGGUCAUCUACGACCCGACCCUGCAGGAGGUUAAUGUGUCGAGAGGCGAGAACGCCGGCAAAACACUGGCGCAUCGCAACGUCGUCAAGAGCGUCCGCAACCUCGGCGAAUGGAGAGGUGGGAGAGGUGUGGUGCCCCUCCCUCCGCGCGACACCACCGACGGGCUGGAGAGGGUCUUGAUCGUGCAGGAGGGGAGCGGUGGUGGACAGAUUAUCGGCGUUGCGCGGAUCCAUUUCUAG